AUGCAAUGUCCAACACCGGAAAUCGUUGCCGGCCAGUUAACUGCCAUACGAAAUAUCUAUCUUCGGCAAGAACUCAAAACUAUUUGCAAUCUUAUCCAAACGAAACACAGAGAACGCUUACCGGCACUCGACUUAGUAACUCUUGCUGCUUACGAGCAAGUUUUUAAUGCACAGCCUCUAUCGUCGCCGGAGGUAUUACGGGAACGAGCAGUGAAAUACAUUCUAAUAUAUUAUACACACAAUCUAGAAAAACUAAGUGAGGCAGAAGAAAGCUAUGGUCUUCGUUCUGUACCACCGGUGGUAAAUGCACCUCUCAUCAAUGAUACUACUGACAACGAAGAUAACUUUUCGACUGCUACGCCAAUACCAAAGUCAUUGUCCGAAAGUCCAUCUAAUCAAUAUGUGACACUUCGUAAAACUGAUCAGCGAUUGUUAUCAAAGGAGAAAUCUUUAGAUGGAGAAUCACCACAAAUUGUCGUACAUCGACCAUCAGAUCAUAGUGGGCUAUCGAAAAAGACGAAAACUUCGUCGGAUUCUUCGAAUAAUAAAAGGAAACGAUCUCAAAGGAAAAAACGACGAUCGAAAACUAAACGUUAA